AUUUUACUUGGAGCCAUUGUCACCAACAGAAGCUGCAGCUAGGGCCAAAGAAUCUGCUAAAGAGAUGAUUAAUGUUAAGACACUGAUCGACAAAAAACUUUGGCCUUACGAACGACUUCCAUUUGAGAGCAUCAGAAAUAAAGCCUCAAAGACUCACCGACAAGCUUUUCCAAAGCAUCGCCAGCAUAGAUUGUUGUUUUUUGUGUGGAAACUGGACUAUGCGGCAAGGUCAAAGAGCAGCCCAUACGCUGAGAAGUAUUACUUA